AGUAACCUCCCUUUCCCAGCUUUCCGAUGUCCGCGAUGAGUGGAAGUUCGCGUCCCGUUGUGUUUAUUGCUAGAGGUGUACCACCCUCAGGGGCAGCCCGCCUGCGGGAGGUGUGUAACGUCAUUGAGUGGGAGGGGUUUGUUUUCAUAUUUCACGGGGUUCUGUACAUUGUUGUCAUCUCUGCCUCAGGUCCACAACUGAAGGUCGUGGGCACGAUGUCUGUAGGCUUAGACCACGUUGAUAGGGAAGAGUGCCGACGCCGUGGAGUGGCUGUUGGCUACACCCCCAACGUGCUGACGUCAGCAGUGGCGGAACAUGCUGUGGGUCUCGUCUUGGCUGCUGCCAGAAAACACAAACCAGGAAUGAGAGCUAUACACAGCAGCGUGUGGGGGACGCGAUGGGACAACGCCCUCUGAAUGACUGGGAAGGAGAUCGGGGGGUCUGUCGUGGGAAUAGUUGGGCUUGGAAGAAUUGGACUCGCAGUGGCCAAGCGGCUGACGUCAUUUGACCCUUCUCGUAUCAUUUACUGUGGCAGCGGCCCGAAGGACGACGCCGGCCAGGUUGGUGCUGAGUUCGUCCCCUUUGAUGAGCUCCUCAGGGAAUCAGACUUCGUCAUUGCAGCUUGUUCUAUCAACGAAGGGAAUAAAGGUCUUUUCAACAGAGGUGUUUUUGCCAAGAUGAAGGCAACAGCGAUAUUUGUGAAUAUUACUCGUGGGGUAUUAGUAAACCAGGAGGAUCUGUACGAGGCGCUGACCACUGGGGUCAUUGGUGGUGCUGCCCUUGACGUCACUUCCCCCGAGCCACUUCCGGCGGACCACCCCCUGCUGAGUCUUGACAACUGCCUGGGUCCCCACCUGGGCAGCGCUACGGUUACCACAAGAAACCGAAUGUGUAAUCUCACUGUAAGCAAUAUUCUAGCGGGGUUGAAUGGAGAAGCACUACCAUCAUCAGCGUUAUAGGAAGAGUUGAGUAAUGCAGUAUCGUAAUCACUCGGUGCCUUCUACACUCAAAGAACAAUUCAUAAUUCCAAGCAGCUACAUAAAACAUUUAUUGUUGCCAUAAGUAAAUACGUACGUAAAUACAUUUAAUGAAAGCAACAGUGAAUAAAGAAAGACCUAACUACACUUUUAACAUUGGCUUGGAAAUAAAAAUAUAACUCAAAGCAGAAAUGACCAGUAUUUUUCAGUGCUCCGAUCUCAUUCUGUAGAACGAUUUAUGAUCAUGGAUGGUACUAUGUGUCUGUGUCUAGAAUACGACCUUAUCACAAGGAUGCAUGUAACAAAAUCAAUCUUGACUAACUUGCAAUAAUAAUAUAUUCCUUUAGCCGGCACAGAAAGGACCAGCGGUCAUGUUGUCUGCCACAUAAACCUAGUUUCAUCCAAACCUUCACAAGCAGUGGAGGGAAACAUUUAGACAUGAUGUCAACUGUUCCAGUUUUAGGAAGCCAUAUAAUCCUUCAAUUCCCCGUGUUGAGCAGGGAAGUAUACUCGUGUAAACAGGAUUUCAUAAACGCCUUAUCAUUU